GAAUUUUUUUAGGAGAACUCGCAGUCAACAUCAUUAAAUAGAGUACGAGUAGAUAAUAUGACAACCCUUGGAUCUUAUAAUCAAAUCAAUAAAUCUGAUUUAUCAGCUUCGAAGAGACAGAUAUCUAAGAGCCCAGUUUCAGCAGUUAAAAAUGGAUCAAAAGCAAAUGCCGGUUUUGUUGAUCUAUUAAGUGAUGACAGCGAAGAAGAAACUAAAAACGCUAGUCUUAAAAGUUUGUCUGGAGAUAAAAAAGAUACAAGUAGUAGACUUGAACCUAGAGCAACAAGAAGUCAAACUAGAGCAGAAGGAGGUUUCAAACAAUUGAAUGAUACUAAACUGUCUGAUGGAAAGAAAGAACGUGAAAGCUUGCAAAGUGAUGGAUCUCAUGUAAAUGAAUCUCAUUUAAUUGUUGAUGAUCUGAUUGAUAUAGACCAAAUUGAUGUUGAACCAUUAUCGACCGUACAAGAUGAAAUACGAACUCAAACUCCUUGUAAAAUGACGCGAUCUUCCAUGCAAAGACUUCGUCUAUCAAGUUCAGGAGAUAAUUUAUUGACGAAUAAGAAAGUUAAUAGUAAAGAAAUAAGUAAUAAAAUGUUGGAGGAAAUAUCAGCUAAUUUUGUUGUAAAUUCCACUUCAAAUACUUUAGCUCCAGAGUAUAAAUGCUUGUUGGGCCUUCCCAAUAACACUGAUAAUACAUCUGAAUGUCUGAUUCCUGUAGACACAAAAGCUUGUAAGGAUGCUAUUAUGAUACGCAAAGAUAGCCAUUCAUUGCAAAAUACAUUGUCUACAAAUGAUAGUAAAUUAUUAAAACAAAGAGGAGUAUUUGGAGUAAAAUCAUCAAAUAUACGGUGUUUUGAUAAUAUAAAUGAUUCAUCAUUUUUGUCUUAUAACAACCAACCUAUUGUAGUAGUUAAUAAAAUCAAAAAACCAUUUAACAUUCAACGUCUUUCAGAGCAGAAAAAUAAAACCGAUAAUAUUCAAGAUUCAAACACUGAUGUUCAAAAAACAAUUAGAUUAAAUACUAACUCUCAGAUUAUAGUUAAAUCAAUUGAUAAUAGUUGUUCAUUAGCUUCUGAUGAAAUUAUUGUAAUCGAUGAUGAUAUAAAUAUUAAUGAAGAUAAUAUGACAGCAGCAAAAACUAAAGAAUUAUCAAGUAAAGCUAAUUCAAAAAUCUUGCCUCUAACUGUUUCAAGUAUUCCAAAAUCAACAACUCUACUGCAAUCAGAUGAAAAAAAAAAUAAAAGUGAUAAAACUGCUUGGGAUAUGUUUGCGAAAACUCUAAAUAUUUCAGAUCCUUUAAAAAAACAGAUUCAUCAAGAUAGUGUAUCUAAAAGUAGAACCAACUGUAACAUAAAUGAGUCUAACAAUCGUUUCAUUAAAGAAUUAGAUUUUGAUUUAGAUCAAUCGAUAUCUCAAACAUCUUUGUCUGAAUUAUAUAAUGGUGUUGAAGAAAUUGUUGAAAUGCACUCUUUUGAUAAUGAAGAAUUAAAUUCAUUGAUUGAAUGUGGUUCAUUAGAUAGUAAUGAAAGUGAAGAACAYWCAGUUAGUGUGGAUCAAGGUGAUUCUUCCGUAAGUGAAAGUGAUUCAACUAUUGGAGCAUUUGAUACCUUUGCCCAGAUCACUAGAGUACGAAAAAAGUCAUAUACCACUAAAGACGUGAAAUUUGAUACCAAGGAAUCAAAGAAUACAAACCGUGGAGUAAAACAUUUAAAAGAGAGUUUUUGUCAGUCUGAAGAAAUAUAUGAUGAUCAAACCUCUACGCCAUCAGUCACUGGAAUACCUAUUUUACAGGGUGUAAUAUCAGAUGUUAUGAGUCAAAUUAAUUCAGAUAGUGUUGUAUCUCAUAAAUCAAACAGCCCACAUAAUUUAUCUAAUCCUGAUAUUGUUGAAAUAAGCAGUGAUGAAGAAUUUACCAUGGAUUUUCCAAAAAAACAUCCCUUAAAUUUCAAGCCAAUUCAAACACAAGAAAAAAAAAUGGAAUCCUAUAAAUUUAUGGGAGAUGAGUCGACAAAAACACAUGAAAUAGAAGCUAAAAUUAUCAAAGGUGUUAACAUGAAACAUGGAACUAACGCCAUUAAACCCCUACAUAUUGAAAUGGCACCAUGUAAGACCGAUAGAGCCCGUAACAAAAAACCAACAAUUAAAGAAGGAAUCACUCAGGAAUAUAAUGAUCAUAAUUUUGAUAUGACGUUUAUUACAAAUUCUGUUAAUAAAAGAGAUGAAAAUGAAUUGAACGAAGUUGAAGUAAUUCAACCACAAGAAAUAACAAUUAAAAUUUCCAAUGAAAAAUUAAUGAAAGAAACUGAAAGGAUGAUAAAAGAAACUAAAGAAAUUGAAGAAAGAAAAAAAAAAGAAGACGAAAGAAAGGAAAAAGAAUACGAAAGAAAAWUACAAGAAGACAAUAAAAGAAAGAAAAAAGAAAAUGAUGAAAGAAAGAAAAAAGAAGACGAAAGGAAGAAAAAAGAAGAAGAUAGAAAGAAAAGAGAACUUGAAAAGAAACUACAAUAUGAGUUAUACGAAAAAAAGAAAAGAGAAGAUGAUGAAAGAAAGAAAAAAGAAGAAGACCAAAUAAGAAAACAAAAACAUCUCGAUGAAAUUGAAGAACAGAAGAUGAAGAUUAAGGAAAAGUUGUCAGAGUUCAAUAAAACAGUGUCAGAAAAAAUGAAAACUUAUAAUCCUCAAGAUAUACUAGCGAGAGUAAUAGUUAAAGAAGAAAUGAUUGAAGAAGAUUCUGAAUACUUAUAUGGAGAUAUGAUAUAUGAAGAAGUUGUAGGUCAAGAUAUAUUUAAUGAAGUAAUAAGAAAUGAUAGAAUGAUAAAAGAAGGUUUAAUGAACGAAGAACAAAUAAAUGAAGAAUCUAUAGUUGUCAAAAUAAUUCUUUUGUUUUCAACUUUAGCAGCUUUUCUGGUUAGAAAGUAA